AUGAGAACCUGUGAGCGACCUUCUCAGGGAGCCUCUCCUCUCGACACUUUCCUGUAUAAAGACACCUGGGGAGAGCAGCUGCUGCACCACUCCAUCGGCAGAGCCAAAUUCGUUCCCGACGGAUCCGCCAUCGUCUGCACGGAGAUUCGAUCUGCGCCUUACAGACUGGGGCUCAAGUUUUGCAUCAACCGCCAAUGUGCGAUCCUCUUAGCGUCAGGCUCGUCGGGGAGACACCUUGCAGAGGCCCUUAGAAGCAAGGCCGCCUGUCAUGGAGAUCCCCUCGGAUCCAUCAGGCCGACUUGGUUGCAGCUUUCAGGAAAGGAGGAUUGGGCUGCCUGGGGAGCGAGGGUGUGCGAAGCUCCCGCAUCCCCUCGCGAGGCCCUCCUGAGAUUUGAAGUGAUAUACACCUCCUUGACAGAGGACUGCAGGGAGACGCGGCCUCACUUUGGCAACACCCGCCUCCGCGUGGUUACUGUUAUCCGAGCGAGUUCUUUGGACCCGUGGCGUGUGGAGGGCAGACGCACAUUGUUGAAUCCAAACCCCCUAGCAGAUUGCAAGCACCUUGCAGGCCGUUGCGUGGCUUCCAGUGAGGGUUGCUCUCCAACGGAGAGCUGGUCGAGCUGCGUGGCGGGGCCUCUGCGGGAGACAGAAACACCCACAGGGGGCAGAGAGGUCAGGCCCUUUGGAGGCUUCUGCGGAUUCGAUCUCCCACCAUGGAGAACUCAAGGCUUUCUCCUGGCGAACACCUUCAUCGGCUGCCGACAGACCGUCGUUGCCAUCCUCACAGACGAGCGCGGUCAGGGAGGGCUGGGGGAUGACGGGCUUGAAAUGUGUGGAGCUCGGCGAGCUGGCAUGUGCGCUGUUUGCUGCGUAGCUGAAGGGCCCCGCGUGCGGCAACUUCAGCUGAACAAAUCUCAAGGGCCGUCAACUUCCAUGGAAAUCAAGAUGGCAGCGGCAGCAGCAGCAGUGGGAGAUGUGAGCCUGUGGGACGUUAGGGGUGAAUGGAUUCUCGUUCAAACCAGCAGUCCUGUGCAUGUUCCUGCUCUCGUUCUUGCAAAACUGAGGGCUUCGGCUUCCGCAAAGGAGAGCUGCAAUGAGGGCGACUUGAUGGGCUCUCCGAUUGUGGCAGAUAUCGUCCACGCCAUGGUGUUGAGGGGCCCCCACGAGGCCUUAGACGGGGCAGUGAACAAGCUGCAGCUGCAUAUGCUCACACUGUCACUGUACCACUUGGAGUGCCAGCGCCACUGGCUGCUGCGGCUAGGGGCCCCCCCCAAAGGUCCUUCCCUCCCCAGUUUGGCCGUCUUCAUCCACGGGGGCCCCCACGCAUGCGCAACUUGCGCGUACAGCCGGUAUGUUCUCUUUUUGACCACCAUAGGAUUCGAUGUCUUGGUGGUGAACUACAGAGGCUCCGCAGGUUUCGGUCAGGACGAACUCGUCUCAAUUCACGGUCGCGCUGGCCGUCAAGACGUGGAGGACGUGGAAGAGAUUGUGAGUAGAGUUGUUCAAAGGUUCGGCUACAACCGGAACCGUUGCGUGGUCAUGGGAGGAUCUCACGGGGGAUUUCUUACUUGCCACCUCAUUGGGCAGUUUCCUAAGCUUUUCAGUGCAGCGUCCGCGAGAAACCCCGUCACCUAUAUUCCGGCUAUGUUUGCCUCCUCCGAUAUACCCGACUUCGUCUUCCCAGUCUCCUGCGGAAAAGACUUUGAAUUCGACAAACCGCCAACAGAAGAAGCUAUCGUGAAAAUGCAGCAUCUUUCCCCCACGGAGUAUGUGGGAUCUAUACAGACCCCCAUUCUCCUGGCACUCGGCGCUAAGGACCAGCGAGUUCCGCCGUCGCAAGGCCUUCUUUUUUGGAAGCUUCUGAAUGGCAAUGGGAAGAAGAGCAAGCUGCUUUGGUACCCGGAAGAUAACCACAGCUUGGACACCCCAGUGACGGACGCUGACUACUGGACCAACACGGCUAGCUGGUUUCUGGAGCACGUCUCGCAAGAAGUUCUCCCUCCCCUUUAG